GAUUCCUCUGUUUGUGUCUGCAACCCUGCCCUGACUAAAAUAGGCCUACCACUGCUUGAAGCUCCCCAAAAACUCCUCUUUCUCCGGUUGGUAACCAGGAGCAGCUUCCUGGCCCUUGACCCGUUGCCAAAACAUUUAAAAGGCGCCGGAGAGCUAAGAAGGGAAGCGGAAUCCGUUUUGGGAGCAGCCUCGGUGGAUUCGACAUGCCUCUCCACAGUAUUUGGCCUCCAUGUUGGACGUUAACCUGCGCCUAAGAGAAAAAGGGGCACAAUGGGCAACGACGACGGCUCUGAAGAAGUGUAUGUUGCCGUCAUUCGCCCAAAGAAUCAAGUCAGCCUGACUUCUAAGGAGUACAGGGCUAAAGCUUAUGAGAUCCUGUUGAAAGAAGUGCCUUUGGAGGGGAAGGAGAAGAAGCGAAAGAAAGUCCUUCUGGUGACAAAGAUUAAGCCAGGAGACAAAUCUAAAUCCAUAUUGGAUUAUGUUGAUGAAACCAUAAAACCAAUUUGUAAUAACCAAAGCUUCAUAGGAAAGCGUGUGGUGCAUAUGAAGAAAUUUAGUCUUGAAGCUGACAAUGAAGGGAAAGAAGCCUCUCUUUUUGUGGUGCCAGUCAGUGUUAGAGAUAACAGCAAAUCCACCCACAACUCCGGGAGCCCCAGCUUUUACUGUUUCCAGGACAUCAUGCGUGUCUGCAGUGAAACCAGUCCUCACUUCUGCUCCAUCACUUCCAAGAUGCUCCUGGCUUUAGAUAAAUGGUUAGCAGAGCAGCACACAGUCCCUCACGCCAUCCCCGCCCUGUUCAGGCCAGCUCCUGUUGAGCGAGUCAAGACCAAUGUGAACAACCCCGCUUACAGCAGCGAGGGUAAGCUGAGUGACGAGGGUCUACACAUGGGGUACACCGCUCUGGAGAUCAAGAGUAAGAUGAUGUCCCUGGAGAAGGCGGAAAUGUGCAUCCUGAAUCCUCUGUUUGGCUCAGAUCUUCAGUACACUAACCGGGUCGAUAAAGUUAUUAUUAACCCUUACUUUGGUCUUGGAGCACCAGACUAUUCCAAGAUCCAAAUCCCUAAGAGGGAUAAAUGGCAGCAUGGCCCAAACUGUGCAGCAGAAGACAAAGAGCACCAGUGGGUGGACGACUUUCCUCUCCACCGAAGCGCCUGUGAGGGAGACACAGACUUGCUUUCUAAGCUACUGGACAGCGGUUUCUCCGUCAAGCAGCUGGACAGUGAUCACUGGUCUCCCAUACAUUACGCCUGCUGGCAUGGCAAAGUGGAAGCAACAAAAAUAUUGCUGGAGAAAGGCAACUGUAAUCCAAACCUGCUGAAUGGCCAGCUCAGCUCCCCUCUUCACUUUGCAGCCAGAGGAGGCCAUGCUGAGAUAGUGAAGCUCCUACUGCAGCACCCUGAGAUCGAUCGGCACAUAGAGGACCAGCAGAAGAGAUCCCCCCUGCAGGUGUGUGAGGAAAACAAACAGAAUGAAUGGGAGGAGACCAUGAAACUUCUGCAGCAAGCUAACAGCAAACCAUAUGAGAAGGUGCGUAUAUACCGCAUGGAUGGCUCCUAUCGCUCUGUGGAGCUGAAGCACGGCAACAACACCACUGUGCAGCAGAUAAUGGAGGGCAUGCGGCUCUCCCAGGAGACCCAGCAGUACUUCACCAUUUGGAUUUGUUCAGAGAACCUCCACCUGCAGCUGAAGCCAUACCACAAGCCUCUGCAGCAUCUCCGUAUUUGGACGGAGAUUGUGACAGACUUAACGGUGUUAGAUCCUCAAAGGGAGACUCCUCAACUCUUUCUUCGCAGGGACGUUCGUCUGCCUCUUGAAAUAGAGAAGAAGGUGGAAGAUCCACUUGCCAUCCUCAUCCUGUUUGAUGAGGCUCGUCAUUGCCUGCUGAAAGGCUACUUUCCUGCUCCGGACAGUAAACUGAUAACUUUGGCCAGCCUCCUCCUGCAGAUCAUCUAUGGAAACUAUGAGAGCAAGAAGCAUAAACAAGGCUUCCUCAAUGAGGAAAACCUGAAAUCAAUAGUGCCAAUCUCAAAGGUGAAAAGCAAGGCAUACCACUGGACCAACAGGAUUCUUCAUGAAUACAAAGCUCUGAGCACCAGUGAGGGAGUGAGCAAAGAAAUGCACCACCUGCAGAGACUCUUUUUACAAAACUGUUGGGACAUCCCAACCUACGGCGCCGCCUUCUUCACUGGCCAGGUCUACACCAAGGCCAGCGCCAGCAACCACAAAGUCAUCAGAGUGUAUGUCGGGGUCAACACAAAGGGACUCCACCUGAUGAACAUGGAGACCAAGGUCCUUCUCAUCAGUUUAGAGUAUGGCACGUUCAUGUGGCAGCUCGGGCAUGCUGACCAGUACUUCCAGAUCCACAGUGGGGACAACAAGAUGAACUUCAUUGUGCACACAAAACAGGCUGGCCUUAUUGUGAAGCUUUUAAUGAAACUAAGUGGACACAUGACUCCAACUGAAAAAGGUCCUACGGAUAAAUAUGCCUACGGCUGAGGACAUUUCAAGAAACUGAAUCUGCCAAAAACCUGCAAACACAUCCCUUACACUGACCAUCCUCACCUGGAUGGAGAGUUCGACUCGCCAGAGUGGCCUUUUUUAUGGACAGCAAUCUAACCUAUCUUGGUGUGUUACGAGUCCAGCAUUUUGAAUCUAUGUAAAUAGUUUUAUUAUU